UGACGUCUUAGACCGCUCGACCAUACUCACUUCCAAAUCAUUCUUUAUAAACAAUUCUGUAAGUAAAGUUUAUACGUUUUCCAACUAAUUAUCCAACAUUUUGACAUUGCUACUGCACAUAAUCCGCUCUCUUGUUAGUGGAUUGCCAAAGUUAAGAUACCAAAGCACGGUGCAGCAUUAACUACAAUAGCUACGUUUAGAGUAGAAUUCGGUUGCUGAUUAAGCGUAGAUCGUGUGUGUCUAAAACAUUGUAGUGAACUCAAUUUUACACCUGAUGUAACCAUAAGAGUUACUGUCAAUAUAGAUUAGACUUGGUGCUGCUGUGUUAAACCGACAGCGACAGUGCUCGUUUUAGCGUUUCUCCCUCGAGAGGAUGCAAAGAGUUUUUAACGUAUUCUUCUUCGCCAAUACGUAUUUCUCGAUCCCCUCAGAAGGAUGUGGACUCUACAUUCCAGGAGUUAAGUCUGUGAUUGUGGCAGUUUUCAGACGCCGCACUAAGCGGAAGGACAACACAGGAUGGCGCAAGUGAAAGAUGACCACAAACAGAACUCCUUUUAUCUGUUGGAACAAGGGAAGCCCAAUGAGUGUUCAGAGGAUGUGGAGAACCAGCCGGAAGAGAAGGAAUGUGACGGAUACAGUGUUGGCGUGAAACAUCCCAUAACGUACUUGGAAUCUUUGUUCCACCUCAUCAAGGGAAACAUAGGGUCUGGCGUGUUUGCAAUGGGAGAUGCCUUCAAGAAUGCUGGCCUCCUCCUUGCACCAGUGCUGACCAUCUUUCUAGGAUUUGUUUGUAUUUAUGGAAACCAUGUUUUGAUAAAUUGCUCCAAAGAGUUAGGACGUCGCAGGAAGAUGAGGCAGUAUCCUACCUUCCCCGACACUAUGGAAUGGUCCUUUCAGACAGGGCCCAAGUCCUUCAAAAGAUUCUCUCAUACUAUUAGAUUUAUUGUGUCCUUUUUCAACAUUAUGGCUCAACUUGGAUCUUGUUCGGUCUACUUCGUGAUCAUAUCGUCUACAUUGCAUAAGAUUCUGUCUCGGCUCGGAUAUCUAGUAGAUGUCCACGUUUUAAUGGCUAUAAUACUGAUUCCGAUGGUGUCUACUACAAUGGUCCGCAACCUCAAGUUCCUCGUGCCAUUCUCUGUCCUGGCCAACAUCCUCACGGGAGCGGGAGUGAUCCUCACUAUGUACAUCUCUAUGCACGACCUGCCUCCCGUCACCUCCAGGAACGCGGUUGGCAGCAUUUCAACGAUUCCGCUGUUCUUCGGAACCAUAAUCUAUUGUUUUGAAGGUGUUGGAUUGGUCCUGCCACUCCAGAGUGAGAUGAAGAACCCAGACAAGUUUGGAAGCAGGUUCGGAGUGCUGAACGUGGGUAUGACUAUCGUGGGUUGCGCCCUGCUCUGGGUGGGGUUCGUGGGAUACCUCAAGUACGGGGAAGAUGUAGCUGGCAGCCUCCCUCUCAACCUGCCUCAGGAUAGCCUGUUCUCUGAAGUGGUCCAAAUCACGAUAGCAGUUGGGCUCUUCUUUACCUACGCUCUUCAGUUCCACGUCGCCAUUACAUUUGUGUGGCCCGACUUCAAUCGUAAGUAUGGGCCAUUCAAGCAUCCCGUGUUGGCUGAGUGUGGCAUCAAGCUGGUCUUGUCUCUUAUCACUUUUGUCGCAGCGGAAGUGGUGCCCAGGCUAGGAUUGUUCAUCUCCUUGCUGGGUUCUGUGAGCAGUACAGCCCUGGCUCUGGUGUUCCCACCUCUGUGUGACCUGGCACUACACUGGGGACACCAGCUAGACUCACAUGUAUAGCCUCAA